GGGCCAGCCUGGCACAGUGCAGCUGAGCCUCGGCGACUGCUGCUCUCUUCCCUCCGCGGUGGAACUCCUCUCUCUCUCUCUCUCUCUUUCUCUCUCUACACCUUCCUUCCAUUCGCCAGACCUGACCCCGCACGCCGCGCUCUCCGCUCCCAUGCGCUCCUCAGCCACGGCCGUGCCCGCUGCUUCUGGAUGCUGAAACCCCGACUAGCUCCGCGACCAUCUCCACCGCUACUACCACCAUGUCCAACCCGAGCCACGACCCCUUCUACUCGUCCCCGUUCGGACCGUUCUACCGGAGGCACUCGCCCUACAUGGUCCAGCCGGAGUACCGGAUCUAUGAGAUGAACAAGCGGCUGCAAGCGCGCACCGAGGAAAGCGACAACUUGUGGUGGGAUGCCUUUGCGACCGAGUUUUUUGAAGAAGACGCCACUCUCACGCUUUCCUUCUGCCUCGAAGAUGGACCAAAGAGAUACACGAUCGGCCGGACGUUGAUCCCUCGCUACUUCAGCACGGUGUUUGAGGGCGGAGUCAGCGACCUCCACUACAUCCUCAAGCACUCCAAAGAGUCCUUCCACAACUCCUGCAUCACCCUGGACUGCGACCAGUGCACCAUGGUCACCCAGCACGGCAAGCCCAUGUUUACAAAGGUGUGUACAGAGGGCCGUUUGAUACUGGAGUUUGCCUUCGAUGACCUGAUGAGGAUCAAAACGUGGCACUUUACCAUCAGACAGUACAGAGAACUCAUCCCUCGCAGCAUCCUGGCCAUGCACGCACAAGACCCUCAGGUGCUGGAGCAACUGUCCAAAAACAUCACUCGUAUGGGUCUGACCAACUUCACCCUCAACUACCUCAGGUUGUGCGUCAUCCUGGAGCCCAUGCAGGAGCUCAUGUCCCGGCACAAGACCUACAACCUCAGCCCCAGAGACUGUCUGAAAACAUGCCUGUUCCAGAAGUGGCAGAGGAUGGUCGCUCCACCAGCCGGACACCCACAGAACUUCAAAACGGAAAUAUUCCCCACGAAUCACAAAAAAGGUCGCGCCAAAGCUGAGCCCGCCCGACAGACCACCACCAAGAGGAGGAAACGGAAGAACUCUGCCAGCAGCGCCAACAGCAGCCUGGGCACGGCGGCUAGCAAGAAACGCAGUCCGGCUACCAACUUCAGCCUCUCCAGCCAGGUACCUGACGUGAUGGUGGUGGGGGAGCCGACCUUGAUGGGGGGAGAGUUCGGGGACGAGGAUGAGCGUCUGAUCACGCGGUUGGAGAACACGCAGUACGACGCCACCAACGGUCUGGACGACGACGAUGACUUCCACAGCUCGCCCGCCCUUGCCAACAACCCGCCCUGGAGCACCAAGCCCCCUAGUGGUCCGGAGGGGAAGGCCGAGAGCACAGCGCCGCAGCCCACUCAAUAAAACCACAGGGGGAAAAGGAUAACAAUGUCAACAAUUCCAGAAUGGGACUUUUUGGACUCUCUAGGGUGGAUGUUAUGGAUUUUUUGGGAGAUUUUGCUGCAAAAAAGGGAUAUCUACAUUUGUUCACAUGACUUUAAUUGAAUUAAAGUAAGUACGUAAUAAAAAGUGUUAAUUUUGUGAACUAAAAUAUUUCGUGACAGUUUUUUUGUCAAUGUCAUGGUUUUGACGACUAAAACUAAAUUCGUACUAAAAAGUGAUCAUACUGACUAAAAUGAUGACUGAAUGAAUAAAAGGAACUUAUGGAAACUAGCUCCAAGACCCCUUUUCCAUCCCAGAGCCCCAAACCAGACCAUAAAUAAACUCAGUGUUCAAGGAAAUUGUGUUUACAUGCAAUGCAAAAUACAUGCAAUGCACUACAGUCUCGAACAUAUUACCAGAAUACUGUAUUUUAUGAACAUAACAUUUUGUCAACUAAAACUACAAACAAUAAUUUGAGAGAGACUUGAUUAAAACUAAAUAAAAAUUGUCAA